AUGGGAGAAUACACAACAACUCCCCCAGCUGGGGACGCAGCACAUGAAAAGGGACAACAAUUCCUCGAAAAGCAAACGAACCAAGCGCACGGCGAAGAUGACAGCGCCGAUACACUCGAAAACGACGCGAGAAGCAAAGAACCAGAAGGCAUCACUGGUCUCCAGCUCUUUAUCCUUCUGGGCUCCCUGACGCUGGUUAUAUUUCUUAUGAUGAUGGAUAUGUCUAUUGUUUCGACGGCGACUCCCCGUAUCACUAGCGACUUCAAGUCCCUUCAAGAUGUGGGUUGGUAUGGGAGUGCGUAUCAACUUGCGAGUGCUUCUCUGCAACCAUUGACGGGGAAGUUCUACACCUAUUUCAAAUCAAAGUGGACUUUUCUUGUAUUCUUCGGGAUCUUCGAGCUUGGCUCUUUGAUAUGCGGCGUUGCAACUUCAUCAAAGAUGCUCAUUGUCGGACGGGCCGUGGCCGGUAUGGGCUCUUCAGGUCUUCAGAACGGAGCUUUGACUAUAAUGGCUGCAGCUGUGCCAAUGCAGAAACGACCAGCUUUGUUGGGGAUGAUGAUGGGUGUUGGACAAUUUGGUCUUAUUAUCGCACCGCUUGUUGGAGGGGCUUUUACAGAGUAUACAACGUGGCGUUGGUGCUUCUAUAUCAACUUACCCAUAGGUGGAUUAGUCGCAAUCCUGCUCGCAUUGAUCCGUAUUCCCAAUAAUUCCACCAAGUCCGAGAGUGGUUCGGUAUUCCGGACUAUCAUCGAGAGAUUCGAUAUUUUCGGAUUCACACUCUUUGCACCAGCCGCUAUCCAACUCCUGCUCGCGCUCCAGUACGGAGGGAACCGAUACGCUUGGAAUAGCGCUACUAUAAUUGGACUCUUCUGUGGCGCUGGAGGUACCUGCAUCGUGUUCCUCUUGUGGGAAUACCGGAAAGGAGACAACGCUAUGAUCCCGUUCUCGAUUGCCCGACAAAGGGUUGUGUGGUGCAGCUGCAUAUUUGGAUUCUUCCUCAUGGGCACUGUGAUGUGUACUUCGUACUAUCUUCCUAUCUACUUCCAAGCCGUCAAGGGGGUGACUCCGACGUUGAGUGGAGUAUAUCUUCUACCAAGCAUCUUGAGUCAGUUGAUGCUUGCUGUUAUAUCGGGUGCUUUAGUUUCGAAAUUAGGAUACUACCUCCCGUUCGCUCUCUUCAGUGGAGCCGUAACAGCAGUUGGAAAUGGGUUGAUUUCUACAUUCUCACCAGGAACUUCCACAGGGAAGUGGAUCGGAUAUCAGAUAAUUCUCGGAGUCGGUCGUGGUUGUGGAUUUCAGAUGAGCAUCGUGGCAAUCCAAAAUAUUCUCCCAAUGGCACAGAUCUCCGUCGCCAUGUCCGUGCUCAUGUUCUGCCAGACGCUCGGAGGUGCUAUUAUCGUUACAAUCGCAGACACGAUCUUCAACAACAGUCUGAAGACUGAAAUCCCUCGAUAUUCUCCGUCUGUCAAUGCCGAAACGGUGAUAUCUGCCGGAGCGGCGGCCAUCAGGGACGUGGUCUCGCCGAAGGAUCUACAGGGAGUGUUGUUGGCAUACAGCAAAAGUGUCGACCAUGUCUUCUAUCUGGCUGCGGGACUUGCUGUUGGGUUUUUCUGCUUUGGAUGGGGUCUGGGAUGGAAGGAUAUUAGGAAGAAGAAAGCAGUGGUGCCAGGUGAAGCAUGA